ACGAUCCGUGCAUGCCGACAUAACCUCAGAAACUGUCGCUCUCCAUACGCCCAAUAAGGCCUGAUUCACACAUAGCGUGCUGUGCACCGACUGUGCACCGACCGUGCGCAGACUGUGCUCUGCUGCCACCAUUCACACAUAGUGGACUGGUCGCCGACUGUGCUGUAGCUGGUUUUUAUUUUGCAUUCGUAGAGAUGGAUCAGAACGAAGAAGAUGUGAUUGCUGCAUGCGGAGCAUACCUUGUGUUGCAAGAAGAAAAGAACAGAAAGAAAAGAAAAUAUUGGGUUCAUCAGUUAUGGAGAGCAAGAGACGAAGAAGGAGAAUUUCAUACGAUAUAUUCUCGCCUUAAGGAUGAUCAGGAUAAAUUCUUCACGUAUUUUCGUAUGAGCGUACGAAAAUUUGAAAAUCUGUUAAAAAUACUGGGACCAGAAUUGACAAAACAGAAUUCUAAAUGGAGGCAAUCUGUUUCACCGGAAGAAAGGUUAGCUUUAACAAUGAAAUACUUGGGUUCAGGAGACUCGCAAAUUUCUCUGAGUUUUAGCUAUAGACUGGCUCCUUCAACUGUAAAUUCUAUUAUAUUUCCAACUUGUAAAGCUAUAUGGGAAACAAUGGCCAAGAAAGAAAUGCCAGAACCAACUGGAGAAAUGUGGCGAAAAAUAGCGGAUGACUUUUAUUCAAUGCGGCAGUUCCCCAACUGCAUAGGCGAAAUUGACGGGAAGCACUUUGAAAUACAAGCUCCUAAAAAUAGCCGAUCCCUCUACUUUAACUAUAAAAAAACCUUUUCAGUUGUCCUUUUGGCACUCGUAGAUGCGAACUACAAGUUUGUGGUUGUUGACAUUGGAGGGUAUGGCAAGUCAAGUGAUGGUGGGAUUUUUUCAAAUUCAGUUUUUGGGAAACGUUUAGAAGAGAGCCGCUUGAACAUUCCAGAGCCAAGACCUGUACCGAAUUCCACAGAAACUUAUCCUUUCGUUAUUGAUGGAGACGAAGCAUUCCCUUUAAAACGAAAUUUACUACGGCCAUACCCAUAUGGCCUGUCCACUGGUCGUUCUCCGUCGACUUAAAGCUCGCCGGUAAUAUGAACGUAACAAGGCCCAUUUUGCUUUGCAAUCAUCUACUGUAGAAUGAAGAUGCCUCGCAAUGUCCUUCCAAACGUUGUCUUUUACUAAAUUAUUAUCAUAGUCUGGGCUCCUGAGAUUAUAAAGACAUUCAUGUUCUUGCACCAAUAAUAUGAGUUUCUCUUCAUCCAUAGUGAAGAAUGACAACAAUAUACGUGCUCUAAUUGCUACUUUCUCUCUCUCGCACUGAACUGAACAAAUGCUUCGCUCCGCUUCGGCACAAAGAUGUGCUGUAACGAAAACUGCCGAAUAGCGCCGGGCGACCGGUGGGCGCCCUUUCGUUAUUCACACAUACAGGGCUGUGCGCCAGCUGUGUCGAGCCGUGACCUUGAAGAAUCGCUUUUGAAACGGUCGGAGACGACACAGUAGGGACACAGUCGGGGCACAGCCGUCGCCCAGUCCAGCAUGUCUGAAUUACAUAAACCUGUGCAGUGCAUUUCAAAUGCAGACUGCCGUUUAGCAAUUCCAUUCAAAAUGACACAGUCGGUGCACAGUCAGUGCACAGCUCGCUAUGUGUG